CCACUAACGAAAAAAAUGUCCGCCUACCAACCAGUUGUUGUUAUUGACGGUAAGGGUCACUUAUUAGGUCGUUUGGCUUCCACCGUUGCCAAACAAUUGUUGAACGGCCAAAAAGUUGUUGUCGUCAGAUGUGAAGCCUUGAACAUCUCUGGUGAAUUCUUCAGAAACAAAUUGAAAUACCACGACUACUUGAGAAAGGGUACCAGAUACAACAAGACUCACGGUCCAUUCCACUUCAGAGCCCCUUCCAGAAUCUUUUACAAGGCCAUCAAGGGUAUGAUUGCUCACAAAACUCCAAGAGGUAAGGCUGCUUUGGAAAGAUUGAAGGUUUUCGAAGGUAUUCCACCUCCAUACGACAAGAAGAAGAGAGUUGUGGUUCCUCAAGCUUUGAGAGUCUUAAGAUUGAAGCCAGGUAGAAAAUACACCACUGUCGGUAAGUUGUCUUCGUCUGUUGGAUGGAAAUACGAAUCUGUCGUUGACAAAUUGGAAGAAAAGAGAAAGUUGCAAUCUGCUGAAUACUACGCCAAGAAGAAGGCUUUAUUGAAGAAGAUUCAAUCCGCUAAGGCUUCUGUUGCUGACUCUGAAGCUUCCCAAAAAUUGGCUGAAUUCGGUUACUAAAUUUCUUGAUCCCAAAGAGAAAUACUUAUUAUUUUAACUUUAACGUUGGUAUAUGAUUUAUUUGUUACUCAAAUGAAUAAAUAAUAAAAUAGAUAAAUCAAAUGGAACUUGCCGGUUCCUCAUUUGUAUAUUUUAAAUCUUACAUUUAAUCU